GCUGGGACAAGUCGCGGCCACCUGCCCAGGAGCCGCGGACCUCGGGCGCCGUCAGCCCAGGUCCCCAUGGAGUUGCGGGUCGCCAAUGCCAACGGCAGCUGCGAGAACGGUUCCAUAGUCAGUCUCUACUGCUCCUCCCAAGAGGUCCUCUGUCAGAUUGAGAGCAUCAGCCCUGAAGAGCCCAACAAUGCCACCUUGAUCACCUGGCAAGAGAGGGUCAGGAAGAGGUAUGGCUUCUACAUCGGUGUGGGCCUCGCCUUCCUCUCCUGUCUACUCAUUGGCAGCAGCGUCAUCCUUAAGAAGAAAGGCCUCAUACGACUUGUGGCCACAGGGGCCACCAGGGCAGUGAAUGGAGGCUAUGGCUACCUGAAGGACCCAAUGUGGUGGGCUGGAUUUGCUACCAUGUCCGCUGGAGAAGUCGCCAACUUCGGGGCCUAUGCAUUUGCACCUGCUACGGUUGUCACACCGCUGGGAGCACUGAGCGUCCUCAUAAGUGCCAUCUUCUCCUCCUAUUGCCUGAGAGAGAGCCUGAAUCUACUGGGGAAGCUGGGCUGUGUGAUCUGUAUGGCUGGCAGCACAGUGAUGGUCAUACACGCCCCCAAGGAGGAGAAGGUCACUACUGUUGCGGAGAUGGCGUCCAAGAUGAAAGACACAGGGUUCGUUGUAUUUGCUGUCCUUCUGGUGGUGUCCUGCCUCAUCCUUAUCUUCAUUGUUGCCCCACGGUAUGGGCAAAGGAAUAUCCUCAUUUACAUCAUCAUCUGCUCUGUGAUUGGAUCCUUCUCCGUGACGGCCGUCAAAGGUCUGGGUGUCACCAUUAGGAACUUCUUCCAGGGUUUACCAGUUGUACGGCACCCGUUGCCCUACAUCCUGUCCCUCAUCCUGGGACUUUCCAUCAUUAUUCAGGUCAACUUCCUCAACAGGGCACUGGAUAUCUUUAACACCUCACUGGUCUUCCCUAUCUACUACGUUUUCUUCACCACGGUGGUAGUGGCCACUUCCAUCGUCCUCUUCAAGGAGUGGUAUACCAUGUCUGCUGUGGACAUUGUGGGCACCCUGUCUGGCUUCGUCACCAUCAUCCUGGGUGUUUUCAUGCUUCAUGCUUUCAAAGAUCUGGACAUCAACCAAAUCAGCUUGCCACACACGCAUAAAAACACAACGCCAGCUCCUGCCCCAGAGCCCACAGUCAUUAAACUGGAGGACAAGAACGUCCUUGUGGACAACAUAGAACUUGCCAGCACACCAUCACCACAGCAGAAACCCAAAGUAUUUAUGAUCCAUUCUUAAAGCCUGGAAUACAUGGGUAAGAGGAGGCACCCAAUGGUCCAGCCUGACCUCUCAAGUUCAAAACUACCAGGUUACUUUCAGCACAUCUGUUGCCAAGGGCUAUCUUUCCUUGAGAUAUUCAUUUAUACCUCACUGCUGUUCCUAGAAGAAGAAAAAAUCCCUACCCAUUGAGUAGGUGGCAGGACUUCCUAGAGAUACAGCCUUGGUGACUAAAUCCACUAGUUCCUGUUGGAGCCAGCAAGUGCCCAGAGCCUCUUCUCUCUGGUUCCCUCAGCACCAUCUAUCUCUAUGUUGUUGGGGAAGAAGAUAGAAUUUGACCUGCUGAAUGUAGCCCAGUUCGAGAACUGCCCUCAGGUCUUGGUCAUCAGUAAAUCCUCCACACCAAUUGGCCUGUCAAGCUGGACUUCUCAGCCCUUAGUGCAAGAAUGGAGCUUGUGAAGGACUGCAGAGCAAUCUGUGCGCCUCACCAUCCCAAGGCCAGUAGGUGCCAGGUAGCCUGGUGUUUCCUGAAGAACGAAGCAAGACCCCAGCUGACCUCCUUACUGUGAAAGCCACCUGAUGUCUCAGGGAAGUUUCAACUAGUCCAUUCUCCAAGCACUCCAGCCUGGAAGUCAUAUCUUGCUGUCCAUGCCCCACAUGGCACCACCACCCUUCCUUCUCUCUGUCCAUCCCAAGGCACCAGUCACCGACACAUGCACACUGUAACCUUAGAACUCAACAACAGCAGGGGAGGCCUCCUAGCCCAGCUCCCUCUGCUGGCCAAACCCGUGUUCACCUAGCCUUCUCUGGGAAGAGAACAGCACUGUGCUGUCACUCCGGAAUUUAGCAGAAUGUGACUUCCUUUGCAUCAACAAGUUGACCAUACUAUGACUUGGGGAGGUGGGAGAGAGUGUGAGGAACAAUGUCAAUGUUGGCAGGGUGGAGUCAUGGGCUAUCUGGAAACCUGGAAGUAAUUUUUAGACUGACUUUAAGACCCAAACAAGAACCCAGGCCAAAAAAUGUAUGAGGAAAUUUCUGAGCCGUAGCUAGUGGAAUUGGCUUUGAAUCUCAGUAACCAAGCAGGAGUGCAGGAUUGGUACAGCCUUGUUGACCCAACUGGAACUGAGUCUAUCUCCACUGACAAACAGCUGCCCACACUGGAAGCAGCAUGCCACGACUCCUCCUCCAUCACUUGCCCCAGGGGUCAUCUUUGGUGACCUCACAUUUGGCCAGAGGCAUGCACAGAACAGCAGCUGAGGAGAGAAUUGGGAUCCUUUUCUUCCCAGCUUCUUCCAACUGUGAAAGGAAGGACCACAAGAGAGUGAAGUUAGGAGCUAGUGUGUGGGAAGAGGGGAGACUCGAUCUUCAGUGCAGGUAGAGUCCUGUCAAGCUCCCUGCCUAUUGGUGUUCACAUCUGAUCCCCUAAAUACAACCACACCCAUGUCAAACCCUUUCUAGCCUUGGGCAAGUCCUUAGGGCAGAUCAACACUCUGGGCCCCUGUACCUUCCACGUCCAAUCCCCAGUAUUUGAAUGAAUGUGGAUUUCUGACUGUAACUGAAAUCAAUGCAACACAUUGGAUCUUGGGUAUGGCAGUGGACUGAGGGUUCUGAGAGCCUGGACUCUGGGCUCAAGAGUAAAGACUUCAGAGUGUGUUUACUUGA